UGUUCCGUAUUCGCCUCGUCGUCUCGCUUUUCCUUCUCUUUCGCUUCCUUCGCCAAUCGACCUUUACAGUUUCGAAGGAGAGAACUCGCCUCUGCAGCGCUGUUACUGUUGAUUCCAUCCUCAUCCGGCUAUUUCCCCUCUGAUACAAUCCAUUUCCGCCGCCGGAUUCAUGAAUCCCGAAUACGAUUAUCUCUUCAAGCUUCUGCUCAUCGGAGAUUCUGGUGUUGGAAAAUCCUGCCUCCUUCUAAGAUUCGCUGAUGAUUCAUACAUAGAGAGUUACAUAAGCACCAUUGGGGUCGAUUUUAAAAUACGGACUGUGGAGCAAGAUGGGAAGACUAUUAAGCUCCAAAUUUGGGACACUGCUGGUCAAGAGCGGUUCAGGACUAUCACAAGCAGUUACUACCGCGGGGCACAUGGAAUCAUAAUUGUCUAUGAUGUUACGGAUCAAGAGAGCUUCAAAAAUGUGAAGCAAUGGUUAAAUGAAAUUGAUCGGUAUGCCAGUGACAAUGUGAACAAACUCUUAGUUGGCAACAAGUGUGAUCUUACUGCAAACAGAGCCGUUCCGUAUGAAACCGCCAAGGCUCUUGCGGACGAAAUUGGGAUUCCUUUUAUGGAGACAAGUGCAAAGGAUGCCACCAACGUGGAACAGGCUUUCAUGGCCAUGGCUACUGCUAUUAAAGAGAGGAUGGCAAGUCAACCAGUGACGAACAGCGCAAGACCGCCAACAGUGCAGAUCAGAGGCCAGCCUGUUGCCCAGAAGAACGGCUGCUGCUCUUCUUGAAGCCAAAUAUGAAAUUGAAGGGUCUUGUAGUUAGACCAAAGCUCUCUCUCCCCUCUUCUCUCUCUAUGCGCUUGCAAGCGAAUCCCAAUAAAUCUCUCUUUCUCCACCCCAAACAAUCCCUUAUUUGAAGAAAAGUUUUCUUUCUCAAGUCACUUUUCAACUACUUCAUUCAGUUCCUUACCCUAUUAUACUUGCAGUUACGACCAUGUCAAUAAGAUAUUAGUUCCUCUUUAAUGUGUACUUUGUUUAUUUA